AUGGGCAAUCGGGUCUACGAUCCCAUCCAUGAUGUUUUUCAAAACAAAUCUGAGCAGGAGGAUGUACCUCCAAAUGAGAAGCUUGCUGGGGCGGAGGCCCCAUACCCCGAGGAAGAAGACGGAGAUUCAACACAAAGUGACGACAACGCAACUCCUAUGAACGAGAGCGGGCCACACAAACGGAGGACGAAAGAGCCUAGUAAGUAUAUGCGCCACUUGAAAAAGCCAGAUGGAGAGUUUUUCACGCGCAAAGACAUUCAGUUUGAGUUUUUACAUGAACUCUGCUCCGACAGGAGGGCCCUUUUCACCAACAGGUAUCAAGAUUUCUUCACGAUAGCGCCAACUGAAGAGUCUGAGCCUUUGAAUGUCACUGACGAGUCGUAUGUGGCGCGUAAGUUUAUAAAAAACGAGAAGCUCACGUUUUCUGAGUACUAUCUUCUGACGAUUGCUUCAUCCACCAAAUGCUCCAAGAUACUGCGUGACAAGCUCUUAUUCGAUCGCAAUGUGGCAUUCUCUACAUGCGCCCUAUCGCUUUUGGUGAAUACAGGCCGUCUGAACACGACGAUCAACUUUUUCUUGGAAAUGACUUCUCAACUGCGGACGUUUCAUUCUAUACCGUGUCUCCAGCGGGAUGCCCGGGACCCGAAGUCACUGCAAGACACCCCAAGGCUUAAGUCGAUUUUGAAAAAUCUGCCUUUGGGGAACGAAAACCUGCCGUUGACGGAAUAUUAUGAAGCCCCAGUUGCGGGGAAAAGGCUUGAUUCGAACCCUGUGAAUUUGAUGUUUCAUCUAUGCGACAAUGUUGCGCUUGUUAACCUAAAGUUCAUCCAAGAGUACAUAUCUGGUGCGUCUGAUCUUUCAUUUUUCGACAUUUUGGAAAACCCCGAUUAUGACCCCUCGCAGCGCGCGCAAAUCCUCCUCUGGCUAGUCUACGUACACUUGGAAACGGACAUGACUGACAGCGCCAUUGAGAAAUCGCUGGAAUUGUUUGAGGUUGACGGAAAAUUUAAACUCGAAUCAGCUCCGGAGAACGUAGACAUCGACACCCCAGAAGAAGUUGAAUUCGGUGAGUCACAGAAGACUAAGCGGAGGGAGUUUCUAGUAAAGAACAACAGACUAGCACAUGACGGUUAUAGGAGGUCUGACGCGAAUAGGCCGCUAAUGGAACAGACGAGAUUGGACAACAGCUCCGCCGAAGAUGUCGAGAGCAUCGACGAGGACAAAUCGUUUACGGAGAAGACGCCGUCAAGAGCCGUGCAAAGGGCGAACCAAAGGGCGAGUAGAAGAACGGGCCAAAAGCCGGGGCCCAAGCCCGGUGCUAAGGCCGCUGCGAGGGCUUUGGCGCCCAAGAGGCAGUCUCGCAAGCACGCAAGGGAGCAGGCGAACGAUUCAAUGGAAGAAGAACAUAUGCCCGAAACAACUUCCAAGCUUGAAGACGAGGAUUUUUUGGCAGAGGAGGAGCCAAAGCUACAAGUUCAGCUGCAAUCACAGUCUCAGCCAGACGACCCGGAGGCCCUGCAGGCGCCGGCCAAGAAGAAGCAGAAAAGAAAAACCGGGCCAGCAGCUCCAGCAUCACAGGUUCAGCGGAAUGAAGCGCUUGAUGAGAAGAAAAAAGACGAGAUGGAGGCGCUGAUAGAAUUCGACAAGAGCGAGGAGGUCGCGCAGCAUCGGACCCAGGACGCGCUCAUGCAGGAGCUGGAGCGGGCGCAGGCACUGACGAGGCGCAAGCGCGAGGAGCUCGGACUGGUGAAGAUGUUUUACGAGUUCGAGGACGUCACGAUGGCCACGGUGAUCGGUGUACGGGGCAAGAAGCGGAAGAAGUUCAAGGACGGGCUUCUGGGGUUCGAGACGGACUUCAUCCGCACGAUCAGCGGCGCAAAGCGCGCGAUGCUAACAGCCCAGCAUGACGCCAACGAGGAUAUAUACGAGUUCAAGUAG